CGCCGAGCCGAGCCGCGCCGCAUCGCAUGUCCGCGCCGCGCAGGCUGGCCGUGCUGGGACUCGGCUUGCUGCUCUCGCGGGCCGCGGCGUCGGCGUCGGCGUCCGCGGGGCGCUGCUCGGCCCGGCCCUGGCCGCUCCUCCGCACCGCCGCCGCCAGCAUGCAGAGCGCCGCGCCCGGGCCCAAGCUCCUCAGCCAGGAGGAAGCUCAGGCCAUAGACCAAGAACUGUUCGAUGAGUACAAAUUCAGUGUUGACCAGCUGAUGGAGCUGGCUGGGCUGAGCUGUGCCACAGCCAUUGCCAAGGCAUACCCAAGCAGCUCCUUCACUAUCAGUCCCCCGGCCGUAUUGAUUGUGUGUGGCCCUGGGAACAACGGAGGAGAUGGUCUGGUUUGCGCCCGGCACCUGAAAAUGUUUGGCUAUGAGCCAACUGUGUAUUACCCCAAACGCCCCAACAAGCCACUUUUUGAAGGUUUAACCACACAAUGCAAGAAAAUGGACAUCCCUUUCCUCUCGGAGUUUCCAUCAGAGGCUGCCCUGAUCAACGAGGUCUACGGCCUGGUGGUGGAUGCUAUUUUUGGGUUCAGCUUCCAAGGGGCUGUCCGGGAACCCUUUGGUACUAUCCUGGACACAUUGGAGAAGGUCACUGUCCCCAUAGCGAGCAUUGAUAUCCCAUCUGGCUGGGAUGUGGAGAAAGGCAACCCGCACGGGCUGCAGCCAGACAUGCUGAUAUCCCUCACUGCACCAAAGAAGGCAGCGAAGCUGUUCACAGGCCGCUACCACUUCCUUGGGGGCAGGUUUGUGCCUGCAGCCCUGCAGAAGAAGCACUCACUGAACCUUCCUCCCUACCCAGACACAGACUGUGUCCUGCGUCUUUCCUAGAAGUGAGCCCAGCCCAAGUGCCCUCCAUCUGCAAAGACCCUGCCCCAUAAGUGGCCAAGGCAAAUCUAACUCUAAAAGCUUCUCUGGAUAAAUCCGGUUGCGGGGGAGAGCUUGUCUCAGGGCAACCUGCAGAGAUGGCUCGAGCCCAAGAGGGGCUCUCUGGGGGCACCUGUCUCUGUUUCCCCUUGAAGCCUGAGCAAAGCAGCAGCUGUUUGCUGGGUUUGGAACAAAACCUGGCACACUGUCUUAAGACACCAAGAGGGCUUUGUCCUCCUUCAAUAAAAAUAUGUAUUAUACCUAUAAAAA